AUGCCGCGCCCAAAAACUGGCAUCACAGCAACUCUGGAUGAUGUUGGAAUUGAGAUUGAUGCUGAAUUAGAGAGUGAUGAGGACACAAACAACAGACCAAAAAGUGCAAGAAGACCCAGACCUCCUGUUCGCAACACAAAAGCAAAACCAGCAGACAGUGAUGAUGAUGACGAGGAAGAUGUUGCUCCUCGUCAAAGAAGAGGCAGAAGAAAGAAAGAUAACAAUUCUGAGGACAAUGAAAAUGAGAAACCCCGUGGUAGAAGAAGAGCAAACAACAGAAGGAAGAAAAAUGCCAGAAGUCAGGACUCUGACAUGGACAGCGAAGAGGACAAAGGGAGGAAGAAAAAAGGAAAAGGAGAGACCAAGAAGGAAAAAGAGGAAGAGAACAAUAAAGAGAAGACUGGAAAAGGAGCAAGUAAAGAUGGGAAAGAAAAGGGGGAUGACAAAAAGAAAAAAGGAGAUGGUAGCGGACUUUUUUUUCUGAUAUCCCUCUCUGGCAGCUCAUCUGCAGGCGAGUCAGACGUUGAUUCUCUAUCAGAGGGUGAAAUGGUUCGGCUAAAAGAGGAGGUUGAAGAAAAGAAGAAACUUAUCGCCACACUCCGGAACAAACCGUGGCGAAUGAAAAGGAGACUCGGGAUUUUGAAGGAGGCACAAGAAUUUGUAGAGAAGUUUGAAGGUGCUUUGGGUAAAGGAAAAGGCCGGAGGCUCUACGCAUUUAAAGUCAUGAUGACCAAGAAACUGAUCAAGUUCAAUCGUGACUUCGAUAACUUUAAGACUGCAUGCAUUCCAUGGGAGAGGAAAAUCAAAGAAGUUGAAAGUCACUUUGGGUCAUCUGUAGCCUCAUACUUCCUCUUCCUCAGGUGGAUGUAUGGCCUCAACCUUGUUCUCUUUGGCCUCAUGUUUGGGCUUGUUGUCAUUCCUGAGGUCCUGAUGGGUUUACCGUAUGGCUCCAUUGCUAGGAAAACAGUCCCUAGAGAGGAGCAGCCCACUGCUAUGGACUUCUCAGUCCUUUUUGAAUUUGGAGGUUACUGCAAGUACUCUGUCCUCUUUUAUGGCUACUAUAAUAACCUGAAUACUAUUGGAUUACUUAAGUUCCGUCUACCCUUGUCCUAUUUCCUAGUUGGAAUAGGAAUUUUUGGCUACAGUCUGAUGGUGGUAAUAAGGACGAUGGCAAGAAAUGCCAAUGAAGGAGGUGACGGGGGGGAGGAGAGUGACUUUAUCUUUUGCUGGAAACUGUUUACUAGCUGGGAUUACCUCAUUGGAAACCCGGAGACAGCCGACAAUAAGUAUGCUUCUAUCACAACUAGCUUCAAGGAAUCUAUAGUGGAUGAGCAAGAGAAUUUGAAGGAUGAAAACAUUCAUUUGAGGAGAUUUCUGCGUGUCCUUGCUAAUUUACUGAUACUGUGCAGCCUGGGAGGAAGCGGAUAUCUUAUCUACUUUGUGGUGAAAAGAUCUCAAGAUUUCGCUAAACUGGAUCGCAAUCAGUUAUCCUGGUACCAGAAAAAUGAGGUGGAGAUUGUAAUGUCUUUGUUGGGUUUGGUGUGUCCACCUUUGUUUGAGACCAUCGCUGAACUGGAGGAUUAUCAUCCUCGGAUCGCCCUGAAGUGGCAGCUGGGCCGCAUCUUUGCCCUCUUCCUGGGAAACCUCUACACGUUUCUGUUUGCCCUUAUUGAUGAUGUCAAUGAGAAGCUGGAGAAGGAGAAACUGAUAAAGAAUGAAACUGACUGGGCACUAAUUCAGUACUAUGCUAACUACACACUGUAUCACAACGUGACAGAGAAUAUUCCACCCCCUGACAUCGCACCUGCUGAUAUCAUCAGGGGUCCAUGCUGGGAGACUGAAGUAGGAAUUGAGUUUAUGAAGCUAACGGUGUCAGAUAUUCAGGUGACAUAUCUGACGAUCCUGGUUGGAGACUUCAUGAGAGCUUUAAUUGUACGUUUCCUCAACUACUGCUGGUGUUGGGACCUUGAGGCUGGCUUUCCUUCAUAUGCAGAGUUUGAUAUCAGCGGAAAUGUACUAGGGCUCAUUUUCAACCAGGGAAUGAUAUGGAUGGGUGCAUUUUAUGCCCCAGGGCUGGUGGGUAUAAACAUUCUACGCCUCGUGACUUCCAUGUAUUUCCAGUGCUGGGCUGUAAUGAGCAGUAACGUCCCUCAUGAAAGAGUGUUCAAAGCUUCACGCUCCAACAACUUCUACAUGGGCAUCCUGUUGGUGGUACUCUUCCUCAGCCUCAUGCCUGUGGUCUACACCAUGAUGACUAUGUCACCUUCAUUCGACUGUGGACCCUUCAGUGGGAGAGAAAAGAUGUACGAUGUGGUAAUCGAGACGAUCCAGAACCUUCCAGCAUUCAUGGCCAACAUCUUCACCUACGCAUCCAACCCAGGACUCAUCAUAUCUAUUGUACUUCUCAUGGUGUUAGCUAUCUACUACCUGAAUACAGUCUCAAAGGCCUACCAGAAAGCCAACAUGGAUCUGAAAAGGAAGAUACAAAUGCAAAGAGAUGAGGAGAAGAACCGGAGGAACAAUAAAGACAGCACUAAUCAGGUGAUGAAAGACUUGGAGGAUCUUCUGCCCAACAAAUCUAUGAUAUCACCACCAACACCUGCUAAAGAGGAAGCAGAGACUCCUGCCCGUCAAACGUCUGCAGGAAAAUCUCAGAAGGUCACAGAUAAAGCAGGAUCAGCCACCAAUGGCAAAGGAGUAAAAAUGCAGAAGGAUGUUUCUUUGGCUGCUGUGAAUCCUCGUGCACCAGUGACACGCUCCCCAGGCCCUGGGGGAAGAGGAGGAAGAGGACCUCCACCAGUGUGA